UAGCCUGGCAAGAGUCCAAAUGCGCGCUGCAUAUUUGAAUGAAUUGGGAGAAUAUACCUGAAUAUUUAUUUUUGUCGUAAUGCGAACGAUCGAGUACCAUGGAUGCUCGAUUUGUACAAGUGCUUGUUUUAAUGUUGUUGUUUUGUUCUACAGUCAAAGGUCUUGAAGCAGCAAAUGCUACUCGUAACAAGCGAACCCUCAUAGAAGACUUGCUCGACGCUAACAAGUACAACAGACGAGUUAGACCCGUCCUUAGGAGCGAGGACGCGGUUAUCGUUACGUUUGGAUUAGUUGUCAGAGAAAUAGAAGAUCUGGAUGACAAGAACCAGUUGCUUAUCACCAGAGCUGAAAUAAGAGAGUAUUGGGUGGACCCAUUCUUGAGGUGGAAUUCUUCAGAGUAUGGUGGAGUGAAGUACAUCAGUGUUGAUCCAAAAACGAUUUGGAUCCCUGACAUUGUGCUUUAUAACAAUGCUGGAGAAGGCUUUGGCAACGGCAUGACACGAACAAAAGCUGUUAUCAAAAACAAUGGUCUGAUCAGCCUGAACGUGCCCACAAUCAUUGAAAGCAGCUGUAAGAUACGGGUGGAUAAUUAUCCGUUUGACCAACAGAACUGUGAGCUUAAAUUCGGCUCCUGGACUUACGAUGCAGCUGGAAUAGCCCUGACCUUGGAGAGUCCGUCAGCAGACCUGACCGAGUACUCUCCCAGUGUGGAGUGGGAACUAUUGGGGGUCCCCGGAGAAUUUAAUUCCAUUAUUUACACGUGCUGUCCUGACCCCUAUCAUGACGUCACCUACAGAGUGCAGAUUAAGCGGCGGGCGUUGUAUUACGCCAUGUAUUUGAUAAUACCCUGUGCCAUGAUUUCUGUCUUAACAUUGUUGGUUUUCCUGUUACCUCCAGACUGCAACGAGAGAAUGACAGUUGGAAUGGCGAUUCUUGUUGGCCUGAGCUUCUUCUUUCUACUUGUGGCUGAAAACAUGCCAGCCACAUCCGAAGCAGUACCGCUGGUGGGAAUGUAUUACACUGUGACAAUGAUUGAAGUGUCUUGUGCAUUCUUUAUGACGUGCUGGGUUUUACGUUUUCAUCAUCAGAACCCAACUGAGGGAGAGGUUCCCAAGUGGGUCAAGGUCUAUCUUCUUGGUUAUGGAGCAAAACUGUGUCGAUUUAAUUUCGGGAACAAUAGUUCUCAAAGCGAUGCUUCACAGGAAAGUGACGUUUCUUCAGCAGAAAGUAUCACCGGUCAAAAACUGAAUGAUAAGGAAAUCCUGGUUGCCAAGGAAACAAACGGAAUUAACCAAUCAAAAAGCAGCAAGAACGGUGGUCACGUGCCAGGGGACAAGAAAAGCGCCAAUAGGAUCCUGGCUGAUAACGUCCGACAGCAAAUGAUCCUGGAAGCGAGGCGGGACGAGUGGAGGAAGGCAGCCCUGGUGUUGAACCAUAUCUGUAUUUGGGUGUUUCUCUUUGCUGUUGUCGUAUCGUUCAUGGCCAUAUUUUUUCAGGCUCCGUUGUAAAACAGAGAAGAAAUUAAACGCUUU